UCCAGCCCUACUGAAAAACCACGCCAGACCAGUCAUUUUUGUUUUGAUAAGGAUACUGGAUACAAAAAGAGCGUGAAAAAUUUUAAAAUUUUCAGUGUAACAAACAAUUGGGGACGGCGUGCAAAAUAGCGUGUGGGGAAUGUGGCACAGAAAAAAGUGCAAUCAUAAGUGUCGCUUAUAACGCAUACGUGGAACGCAGCAACGUGCACGGCGGGAGAAGAAGCAGACGAAAUCGGGUUGUGGCGGGACGUUACGGUGCGGGCACGGGCAGAGCACGGGAGUAGUAGUAUAGGGCAGACAGCUAAAAUAACAAAAAAUCCGUCAUCAAAUGGCUGAGGGGUUCCGAUGUAAUUGUAUAACGUUAGCAUUUACAUCCUUCGAUGUGUAGACAAUAAAAAUUGAGUUUGUAGAAGGCUCAGGCUGAAGAUUUUCUCGAAUACCUCAAGGGCAUCCUUUUUGAACGCGAGCGAGCGUCUCGAUAAUAUGCAUCUAAAUCAUGCCACUGCUGCAUCGGCAGCCAUGGCAGCCAAUGCAUAUCAACACUAUGCACCUGCCCAGUUAGCCACACAUGGUGGUGGAGCAGGAAGCGGCGGCGGGGGCGGUGGAGGAGGAGGUAGUGGUGGAGGCGGCGGCGGAGGUUCUGCUGCCAAUAGCCUGCAACAGUCCACCACAUUGGCUAGUCUGCAGCAGACACCGUUUGCCCUGCAUCAGUUGACCGCUGUCCAGGCCAUUCAGCAUCCCACCCACCAGGCGAUGUUGCAUCAGCAACAUCCAUUGGUACACCUGCUCGAUAUCUCAACAACGUCAGCGAAUAGCGGAGGCAUUGGGGGUCUUGGUGUUGGUAACCAUGCGCCCAUGUCGCCAAUGAAACAGGAGGUAAAGAGCGUCAUCAGCGAGGAGGACGCGUCGGCAAUUGAUGAUCCGCGCAAGAAGAAAGAGUGCCACGUGUGCAAGAACAAGUUCCGCCAGUUGACCACAUUACGCAAUCACAUGAAAAUCCACACAGACGAGCGACCCUACAAAUGCAAGCACUGUGAUCGCUCCUUCCGCCAAAUCUCGACGCUGACCAAUCACGUCAAGAUCCAUACGGGCGAGAAGCCGUUCACCUGUAACAUUUGCGCCAAGGAUUUUCGCCAGCAAAGCACACUAAUUAAUCACAUCAAGACGCACAAGGCGGCAGAGUCGAGCACGCCGACAUCGCUCCUCAACUAUCAGCCCCAACAGCCGUCCACUGCCACGGGCAAGCGCAAAUCCCUGGCAAGUCAAAUGCUUUACCAGCAGCAUCAACAGCGCGUACUAAUCUCAAAGACCCUAUAUUCGGGUAGCUACACCUCACCGCAGGCGGCGGAGUUGGUUAAACCAUAUCAAUGUGGCGUCUGCAAGCGACGAUUCCCUCAGCUAAGUACGCUGCACAAUCACGAACGGACCCACAUUGAUCCCAAGCCCUACAAGUGUGAGACUUGCGAGAAAUCCUUUAGCCAACUGGCCACGCUUACCAAUCACAAGAAGAUCCAUACGGGCGACAAGCCAUACACGUGUUCCUACUGCCACAUGCAGUUCCGUCAGCAGAGCACCCUCACCAACCACGUCAAGACGCACACGCAUCUGCAUGCCAGUUCGGCAUCCGGUUCCGGAGCCCAACCGGGCGCCGGAGUUGGCCCAAUUACAGUGAAUCAUGCGAUGUCCGCACCCUUGGCACCAGGCACCCAACAGCUGACCGGAGGAGGAUUGCUGCCCAAUAACCUUAACCUGCACGGCUCAACGCCCAAUAUUAUCCAGUUGGAUCAUCAUCCGCUCUUGCAUUUCCUUGAUGGCAGCACCACCGUGAGCUCAGUGGUUGCAGCUGCGGCAGCCAACACCAAGCUGGAACAAUUUCACAACUCUUCAUCGCCGGGAGGAAUGGGCAUGGGAUCGGGGACACCAGGAGCGGCGGGUGUACCAGGUGGCGCUAACACAACCAAGCUGGAACAAUUUCAGAACUCUUCACCCUCACCGAACACAAAUAGCGGCGUAAUGACCAUGGUGGGCACGAUUAGUAUGCUGAAAUGUGAGAAUCCGGAUAAACCGUUUGGCUGCAGUGUCUGUCGACGAUUCUUCUCCCAGCAGAGCACUCUGGUCAAUCACAUCAAGACGCAUACGGGAGAAAAGCCAUAUAAAUGCAAGAUCUGUGAUGUCAAUUUCCGGCAAGUGGCCACGCUCAAUAAUCACAUGAAGAUCCAUACGGGAGAGAAGCCAUAUAACUGUUCCUAUUGCCCCAAACAGUUCCGGCAAAAGAGCACGCUACAGAAUCAUCUUAGGGUGCACACGUGUUAGAGAGUUCCGAAGAGUCCAGAGUCAGUGAAGUCAGCCAUUGAGGAAAUAGUGCAAUAAGCAUGCCACUUACCACACACACACAUACUGCGUACAGUCUAUAUAUAUAUAUAUAUGUAUACGUAUAUAUAUAUAUAUAUACCUUCUAUUUCAAUAAUAUACUCAAGAAAAAUUGUUAUUUUACCUGCUGUGCAGAGCGCAAUUGUAUGUAAACUAGAACAUAUAGAUAUAUAUGUAUGGGUAGGAUGAGAUAGAGAUAUAGAGCGCCGAUUCAAUGAUGAUGAUUGAUCCACUACAGUGCGUGCGUGUCCAAUUGUAAAUUAAGGCUACACAUAAUACAGGGUGUUUUACCUACAUAACUAUGUCUACUUAUAUUAGCUUCAUAAAAAUGCCUAACCCAAUCCAAUCCAUCCCCAAUCCCCGGUUUUUAUGUUGCUGGCCCCGAGAUUCGAGACUUUGCUUCGUGUUAAAAGAAAUGAAAAAAACAAAACAAAACAUACAAAAAAAGAAAACAAAAACCAUAAUGUAAAACUAGUUAUUGCUAUUAAUCUGUGUGUAAUCCCAGCCAGAAACUACGGUAACUAUUUAUCCAUAUAAGUGUACUCUUAGCGCAUAAUCUAGCAACAUCUUCUACUCACACAUGACGAACAGAAACAACAACAAACA